CCGACGGUAGUCUGGUCCGUGGAAUUACCUGUGCGUUGUGCGAGCGAAGUUAUUCGUAUCAUUCUUGAAGGGGGGUUGUGUUAAUACGGGAGUGAGUUGUUUAGUGCAGUGUUUAUAAAAAUCAGUUAUGGUAUUUGUUCCACCGCAGCAUUUGUUUGUUUUGAAUACCUGUAAAAUCUCCAGCCUCAGGUGAGAAUGUAACCUUCACACAUCAAGAUAGGUUUACCAUUUCAUUCACCACUUGGUUUUGGAUUACACAACCUAACAAUGGAAUUCGGGUUUACACCAAAUAGAAACCAAAUCACGGUUAGAAGAAACAAAUCGUUGGAAAGACGCUGGAGGACGUUAAGUGGGAUUUUAUUUUUCUUGUGUGUUUGUGAAGUGACUUGUGAUUCUGUGAGUGUUCCCGAUGCUAACCCUAGCUGGUACCAAUACUCCACUGAUCCUCCGGGGAGUGGCACGGAGAUCUCGCAAGGGUUCAUCACAAGGAAGCAGCGACUGGAAAAGUCAUUGAGUCCUUUCAUAUUGAGGGGUGAUUUGGUGAUAGAAAGAGAGGGUGAACUCGUCGUGGAUCCUGGGGUUGAGGUCAGAUUCGCACCCAUGGUUGGGAUUACCGUCCGAGGAGUCCUUACAGCAAGGGGUCUGCCGGAUCAGCGGAUUGUGUUCAGCAGUCUGUCCGAGCCAGAGCGGAGUCCAUCGCUGCCUCAGCUGCGACUAGUAGACGGACCAUCACCUCUCUCCGGCCGCCUACAGAUCCUUCACAAUGGAGCUUGGCGGGAUGUGUGUUCCAACAGUAGAAAUUGGACCAGAGCAGACAUGGAGGUGGCGUGUAGACAGCUUGGCUGGCAAGGCGGGGCCUGGGGUGGCUGGUAUGAUAGACAGUGGGGUGUGUCCCGCCCCCGCUUGCUGCUGGAAGCCCCCUCUUGUCGGGGCAACGAGGCCACGCUGCAAGAGUGUGAUUGGAACAGUCGACAACUUGGUUCUGGAGUCUGUGACUUCCAUCCAGACCUAGGCCUGCAGUGCCUGCCGUACCACGAGACCUCAUCUUCUGUUGUACAUCACUGGCGAGGAUUGAAGUUCCAGUAUGCUCAACAUGACGAGAAUCUGGUUAACUUUAACACUCUGAGACUCCCUGUGUCACAGUCAGAGCUGGCCUUCGUAGAUAUCAGGUUUGCAGGAUCAGGUAGGGACUACAACGCCAGUUCAGCUCUGGAGGUGGAAGGUAUUCCUCCCAGACUGGUGUCCGUGACAGUGGCUCACUCUGCCUACAAUGGAGUCAACUUCACCAACCCCCAGGCUCCCUUCACUGUACACAACUGCACCAUCAUCAACAACAGAGGUUACGGAGUUUACAUCAACAGUUCUACAGGGGGGGUCCAACUCAGUGGUACAACAGUCUCUAGCAACGGAGCUGAUGGUAUAAGGUAUGUUCACCACGACCAGACACAUUUCUUGAGAGAUGGUAUACAAGACAUCUGUACAUUCCCCUCCACUCUACACAUGAUCUUCCCAGUGACCAUCUCAUUAGCUCAGAGCCUCUACGGGUCAGCCAGGGAUUGUCAUAAGACAUUUUCCACCACUAGUGACCAAGUGCUAACCAUACAGUUCCUCUACACAGUGACAGAUCGCAACGACAGCACCUCACUCCUGAUGUUUGAUGGACGGACAGCCUCAAGUCGACUGCUGGGAUCUGUUAAGUUCCGCAACUCUAGCCGACCCCAGAGUGUUACCACUACUAGAAACAAUUUGUUCCUCGCUUUCUCCGCGGAACAGUUUACUCAGACGGAAACUCUUAUCAGGAUCACAACUGAACGACGAAAAUGGUUCGAUCUGAACGUGGUUGAAGAUUCAAAGGUUGAAGACAACAAUGGCCGAGGAAUUGCUUUGGAGGGCUUCAGAAGCCAAUUUCAUCUCUCUCAGAGUGAUGUUUCUCACAAUAACCAUAUUGCAGGUGUUCAUGUGCUGAGGGGAGUUGGCUAUGUAAACAUUUCCGAUGCCAGGAUAGCGUUCAACGUAGGUGACGGAGUUAACGUCAGCUUCACUGGUGGUGUCGUAAAUGUAACUAGGUCUUCACUCUCGUCCAAUCAGGGCUUUGGAAUGGCUGUGUGGUUGAACGACACUAAGGAACCAGAGUACCAAUCCUUCCAACAAGAGACGAGUGUUGCUUACAGUGAGUUGUUCCGCAACCUGGAGACCGGACUGUUGGUGGGAAACUUCUGUGGCGACUCCAUCGUCAAUAUCACCGGCAACUUCUUCAACCUCAGUCUAAACACUGCGAUCGAGAUAAAGUCAUGCUGGAAGCAGAACGCCCCUUCUACAAGAUUACAAAUUGGUCACAACACUUUUUCACAAAACAAGAAGUUGGGAAUCAAAAUCCGGCCGGCCGUGAACAUGGAUGGAGUGAUAGAGUUUAACCGGAUGACAAGCCAUACUUACGGAGGAGUUUUGAUCAAGAAUGACGCAGUGGAGGAGCUGGAGGUUAUGCCAAGUAGAUUUGUGAUUCGAAACAACGAGUUUGUGGAGAACAGUGGAGUUUAUGUAGUCAACAUCGGGUUGUCUGCGUACAGUGAAGUGCAUUAUAUACUCUUCACCUGGAACUUCAUCAGGAGGAACCGGAUACGGGAACCAUUUGAUGGAGAUGAGGAAGAGGCUCGGUUAAUUCCCCGCAGUCGUGUGGCAGCUCCUUUGGUAGUAUCAUCGCCCAAUGUAGACGUGUUCCGUAACAUCCUUCAGAACCCUGACUCGGUGUACGAGGUCGGCUCACACCUAGAAGACCAGAGCCAGCUGAUAAACUGCACCUUCAACUGGCUCGGCUCAACCAGCGAGGAGAAGAUAUUUGAGAGAGUGUUUGAUAGGAAGGACCGAUACAACCUGGCCAAAAUCCGGUUCAUCCCAUUCCUCCUUCACAGCAGCAACCCUGGCAGCCGUACCAUCUCCCAGAUCAACCAGUUUGUCCCACAGUUUCAUGUGGAGGGGACAGACGCGGUUGGAGGAGAGGUGGAUGGUCUGGAGAGUCUGAGACCUGGAGAGUACAGAGUCCUGAGGGAUAUCAACAUCCGGCCUGAAGGACGACUUACUCUGCAGCCUGGUGUGGUGCUGCGGUUUCCCCCUGGGGUUGGUAUGAUGGUGGCAGGUAAGCUGGAAGCUCGGGGACGAAAGGUGAACAACGUUCUGCUGACUUUACAAGAAGAGAGUGUCAUGGAGCAACAGACAGAGACGGAGACAGAAGCCCCCCUCCCCCCAUCUGACCCCACCCCUGUGAGACUGUUGGGUGGACGGACUGAGAAAGAGGGUAGACUACAGGUGAAGGUAGGAGAAGAGUGGGGCACAGUAUGUAACUAUGGCUGGACCAUGACAGACGCAGCUCUAGUAUGCCAUCAGCUGGGACUUGUGCUCAACCCUGAUGAUUGGUUCCUCGAACGGGCUGACAUCCCAGUGGCUGGCACAUCGGAAAAAAUCAUCAUGAGCAAUGUCCAGUGUACGGAGGAGGACUACGAUAUCACACAGUGUAGAGCUGAGAGGUCUCUGCACCUAGAGAACUCCUGUACUCAUGACCAGGACGUGGGACUGAGGUGUUACGAGCCACACUGGGCCGGAGUGCGGCUGGCCGGGACAGCUGAGCGGACUGACCUGCAGUACGUGACGGUGCAGAAGGCCGGCCUGCUGGACUAUGCCACCAACAGCUUCAAACCUGCCAUUCAAGUGGAUGUGUACCGCCACAGCCUAGACAAUGUGCGGGUGGUGGACAACGUGCAAGAUGGAUUAGGUGUGAUCUACUCAGACAUUUACAGUGGAGCUCCCAACAUUGUCCACAAUUCUGAGUUCACUAACAACCGAGGUAGUGGCGUGGCUUUUAAACAGCUCGGCCUCAAAAUCACAGGCUCGGUGAUAGAGAACAACAAGGUGGCAGGGAUCCGACACAACCCGGCGCUCACGGUGUACCAACAGCGGGAGAUCGCGGGGUGGUUCAAGUCUUCCACUGAGGAGGCGUCUGCUCCCCUCCACCGACCCCCUCUACUGCUGCCCAGCUCUCAACCCAACAUAGAGCUGGAGGAAGGCCAGACUCAGAUACUCAUCACCCAGCGAGUCACUCUGGACCCCAUCAACAUGCAGUUCUAUCUCAGGUGUAAACCGGGUUUUGUAGUUGGACUUCAACUGUUCAACCCGAUUCACAACCGCAGCACUGAAGACAUUCUGGUUCAUGACGGACCUGAUCUGCACUCAGCUAGAGAGGUGUGGAGUGUACGGAAGGACCAGCUGGUAUUCCCCACUACCAGUACCUCAUACACUGUAGUGCUGGACUACCACAGUGGUGAAGAUGCUCUAGGCAUGGCUAUACUGGCUGUCUCUUGUCUUAGAGCUCCUGAACAGAACAUAGAACGCAAAAUAGUGAAAGGGCCGAUUCCAACUUUGACUCUGAUCAAUUCUCGAAUAAAAGGGAACGAGAGAGGAAUUUGGAUGUCAUUCUAUAACAGAUACCUGACAGAGAGUGGGGAACACUACUUGCGUCACAGUAACGAGUCAUUGCACGUGAUUGGGUGCGACCUGAGCCACAACGGAGCCGAGGCAGUGCUCAUAGACUCUCCACAUUGGAGCCUCGCGCAGACCAACAUCUCCGAGAUAUCUCUAGUGUUCAACAACACACUCAUCACAGACAACGGCCGUGGGAUACUGCAGUUUAGCAGAGACUUACGGAGCUCCAACAACCUGUUCCAUUGGCUGCUGAGUGACGACUCUAUCGAGCGCAACCACGCAGGUGGCCUGGAGCUGAGUCUGCCUUACGUGUGGCAAUACAACGAGAACUUCACUCACUCUGUGAUACUGCACAACAACACUUGGCGCAACAACCAGCAAUACGCUGCAGUGAUUGGCGGCCACUUCACUAGGUUCAACAUGACUCGUAACGUGUUUGAGGACAACGUGUGUCGGUCGGGCCUAGUCUCCGUGCAAGGAAUGGAAAAACAGAUGUGGCUUCAUGGAAACACAAUCGAACGCAACACUGGAACAUUCAUGGUCGAGUUCAAGGCAGACAGUCAGUCAGAGAUUUUGGGAGAGUUGAGGGCGGAGUUUAGCAACAAUAUCAUCAAGAGGAAUAGGUCACCUUCCCCCGAGACCCCAUCCAGUGUAAUUGUAUUUGACGGACUACAAAAGGUGAGAGUGAAGCGCAACUUGAUCGCUGAAAACACACAGGCCUACUCACUAGUGGCUGGAGUACGAACUGCCCGAAUCGAUUCAACCAUCGACGUCACUGAGAAUUGGUGGGGAACAACGAGCGAACACGAGAUUAUCAGUAAGAUAUUCGAUUUCGACGAUUGGAACGAUCAUGCGAUUGCCAACUUCAAGCCUUUCCUCAUAGAAGAUUCUUUUGAGGGAUCACUCUCGAUCGCUUGGGAGCAGCCUUCGCUCGUAGACUUGAACCGCUUGUCCGGACGACUCAAGACCUCUUUGACACUACAGCCCCGUGACAUGCCGUACCAGGUGAUGUCAGAUGUCACAGUCAUGCCAGGAGUGACUCUCAACAUCGCCCCCGGGGUGGUGAUAGAGUUCGCCCCCAGGGUAGGUCUGCUGGUGCUGGGCCGACUGGUGGCCAGGGGGCGACGAGGACAGGAGAUUGUCAUGAGACCUCUCUCACAGACUGUCAAACCUCCAACCAACAUGGCUGUCACUAGGAGGUCGCUCCGUUUGUGCACGAUGCGCAACUGCUCCGACGACUCUCAGUUUCGUCACAUGCAGGAAGGGUUCCUGGAGUACCUCAACUCCACUACACUCCAGUGGGUGCCUCUCUGUGACUCAAGGUUCUCGGAGCACAAUGCUCGGGUGGUCUGUCGUCAGAUGGGACUGGAAUCUCUCAAUGCUUGGGUGUCCCGCGGCCCCCGGGUGGAGUUCCACCCGAACUCUCUCACCCGAAUAUGGUCGUGGCCCGAGCCAGUGCAGUGUAGUGGCGAUGAAAAGAGACUGGAAGACUGUGAGAUCAGGCUCAAUGGACAGCUGCAUGGCAAACGUCACACAUGUGCUUGGAACAGUAACUUUGUGUUUGUGCGUUGUGGUCAACGCAAUCUUCCUCCUGACCAGGAGUAUUGGGGUGGCAUACGUUUCGCCAACGAGGAGUUUGAACAGAGUGUGUUCGAGGGUCGAGUUCACGAUGUGGUCACUCAUGAGACAGUUCGGCGCAGUGAAUCUGUGAUAGAGUACACCAACAUCACCGGCGCAGGUCUGCUGCACACCCGGCGCAGUCCGGCAGUACUGGGGGUGUACAAGUGUCCCACCAUAGAGAACGUCAACAUCUCGUACUCUGCCUCUCAUGGUAUCUCACUGAUAUCACCUCAGGAACAUGUGCGGUUAAGAUACAACUGGGUGCAGCACACACUGGGUGUAGGAGUGACGAUCGCCUCAUUGACAGGAGAGGGGAGGGAGAGUGGGGAGAGUUCGUUCACCCCUGCUCGCCACCUUUACCUCCCUUCCCACAUCUUCGGGCUGGUGGACGUGUGUGAUCCUGCCAAGGAGAUCAUAGUGCAGGAGCGUGUCGUGUUGUACUACAAGUACGACAACAAACCGGUCAGCUGUGUCAAGAUAUUCUACAGCGCUUACAGAGUCAAGCCGUUCGGAUUCAGGCUUUUACAGCUGAACAUGCUCAACUCUACCGACAGUAUUUCUAUCUAUGACGGCGACAUUUACAACAAGCCGACCUUAGAGCUGGUAGCCGAGAUAACUUCUGACUCUCCCUUGGAAAAGAGAUUUCUCACAACCAAAGGCCCAAGCUUGAGUGUACGAGUGGUGGCCAGCGGAGCCUCUGAGACUUAUGGCUUCAUGGCGGAAAUCGUCACCACACCCAUCUCUGCCAUUGGUUUCAACCGUGAUGUAGAACACAACAUCUCGUACUCAGCACUGUCACACAACUGGGAGGGAGCUCUCCACUACGUUAGUGCUGGGGAAGUGAACCCUAGAGUGACCAUGGAGUGGAACCAGAUCACCAACAACUGCGCAAAACUCUACGGCAACUUUACCACCUGCCUCGGAGCCGUGACCAUGGAUCUGCAGAACACACAAUACCUGCAUUUCAGGAACAAUCUGAUGAGAGGCAACCAAGGUGGGUUGUGGAUCCGAGCGGAUUCUCGUGGAUCUGCCACCUCCCUGAAGGGAUGGAUCCACAACAACUUGUUUACGGAGAACGACAACAACCCGGCCCUGAGUGUGGAGGGGAGACAGAGCAGUCCGUAUCAGGAAGUGACUAUCUACCGCAACUACUGGGCCCGCAACAGAGGCUACAUACACAACGUCAUCACCUUGGAUCAGGUUGUGUCCAACUUCACAUACAACUAUCUUCACAACAAUCUUGGCAGUCAUGUAUUGGAAGUUUCGGGAUUCGAAAGAGUUCGGCUGCCGUUCUAUCAAACAACAUCACACAAUGGGUUUUACUGGAACUACGCAAUCGCCCCUGACUCCAAAGGAACCGUGAUUGCGGGCACAGCAGGUCAGCAGUAUGUCGACAAUAUAUUCUUCAACCCUGAUAAUGACUAUGAAAUAGUCACCGUCAACAGAUCUCGGGCAGGCAUCAGAAGGGAGGAUGUAUGGAAGACACCGAUUGACGCCAAAAACAACUAUUGGGGCUUCAACGAGACAAUUGCUGUGUCUGGACGUAUUCGUGAUCGGUCGGAUGAACCCCACCUUUUGGAGGUGGACUUCCGUCCGUUCCAGAUGAACAACCGGAGUAUCCUGUCUGGGAAGUGUCCUCCAGGCUGGGAUGUUGUGGGAGACACCUGCUACAUCUACAUCGGAGCUCCCAUGACCUUCUGGGAGGCCAGGGACUUCUGUCGGUCUGACAACGCUUCCAUGCCAUAUGUGAUGGGCAACUCUAAAGAGAUCUUCAACUUCCUGCGUCGUCAGCAGGAGAAGUACAACUUCUACGACCGAGUGUGGGUGCAACACAUUGACAGAAUCAACCAAUGUACCGUGUUUGUAUACCAAACUAUUGAAGUAGGAAACUGCAACGCUCUCUACCCUUUCGUCUGCGAGAUGGACCCCAAGGUGCACAUCUCCCUGCUAACCUGGAAGGAUGACAUGGUCACAGUUGCUGUGCUCGGUGCUGUGUUUGCUGCAAUACUGAUGGUGGCCGUACUCAUCUUCCUGUGGCUCUCCAAGAACCGUCACAGACACGUGGAGCGGCUCCAGCGGCGCAACUCCAUCCGCCAAUCACUCCAUUCCGUCCGCUCCAUCGGCUCCAGUCACGGAGGCUUUGCUACCAUCAACGCGUACAAACACAAACAUGGCAUGCAGAGUCAAAGUUCCACUCCUACUCUGAACAAGAGCAGUGACUACAAGAAGAUGGCAGGUAGUCUAGACAGUAUGGACAAGAGUCAACUCAACUCCUCUCUGGAGGAGGAGACGCAGAGUUACGACAUCUACGAGGCUCACAACCCUUCGGCUACCGAGGCUGUGAACCCCAGUUUUGACCUGGCGUACCGCAACCAAGGUUUCAGAGACACUUCAACGUUUGCCUCUCGCACCAACAGCACGUGGCAGUCUCAGGAAGACUACUUCAACAAUGCCUCUACUCUCCCCCUCCAUACGUCUCUUUCUCAUACAACUUCUACCUUGGAUCACGUCAAAACUGACCCAGACUUUCAGGCGGAGCGAGAUUUCAACGUUUUCUAUGAGAGGCCCAAGAGUGCAGCCUUGUUGGAGACCAACCUAGAUGAGGCUCCGCCAGUCCCCGCACCUCCCCCCCGACCCUCCUCGGCUACUUUGCUAGAGACUGAUGUAGACUACCCCCAGCCACCGCCAAGCCCCCGCGACCUCCGGACCUUCCAACCCUUGCUGAGCAAGAGUCAGCCCUUGGAGACUGCCAUGUAACUGCAACGUGCCUUUACAAAUGUGUCAGUUUAAGCACAAAUUGUAUUUGAAUGAAAAGCCAAAUGGUUGCUUAGAAAAUUAAUUUGUAAAAAGGAUUUUGAAAAGGGAAAGAAAUCAGCUAGCUUAUCUAAGAAAAUUAGAAUCCAGAGGUUAAUAUGAGAGAUCAGUAAACAUAACCUCGAGAAAAUCCAUCCCUUUUCAGAAUACUUUCAAAAGCACAAAUAAAUUAUCUAUAUUUAUAUGAUAGUGCCUUUCAACAUCACUCUUGUUCCUUAACUCAAGAGCAUAAAUUUCUAAAAAAUACGAUUGACUUUUGAAUACUGAAGGAGACAUUCUAUUAAUGUCCAUGUUUAUAGCCAAUUUUAUUAUAAAAUGAACAAAGUUAAAUGGAGCCCAAGUUGAACCAAUUUUGAACUCUUGAGCAUAAUAAAUAAAAUAUGAUUGUUGUUUAGAUAUCUGUGAAGCAGCAACAUUCAGUAUGCUAAGUAGUUUUACGAAAUGUAAUGAAUGGCACUGAAAAGUUUAUUAUUCGAUUUAUUGAAGACUACUAAGUUUUAUAAUACUGUAUAAAGUGCAUUUAUGAAAGAAAAAAACAAUUUAUUACUUGGGAACUAAAUAAGUAGGUACUGAUUGAUUAUUUCCUCUUUAGUUUACUUUAAGAAUUAGACAUUUGCAUAAAAGUGUUAUUGUUUUAAAGCUGAUUUCAUGACAACAUCACUACAUAUUUUACCUUAUUUACUUGGACAAGACUUGUGCUUUUAAAGCGUUAAAAUUAGGUUAGUUUAUAAACAAUUAAUAUAGAUGAAAUUUUCUUAUACAUCUUUUUUAUAUUUUGUUAUUGUAUAAUUUUUAUGUAUAAUUUUUUGUAUGAAAAUAAUUUUUUAUAUUUUACACAAAAUCACGGAUUGUAAAUGAUUAACCUUGAAACAAUGUAUGUAAAAUCAUUGUUGUGUUAAAUUGUUUAACUUCAAUAACAAGAUCAAGGUUUGAAAUAACAUAUGAUUAGGAGGGGUAAAAUAAAUUCAAGGGGAUUUGAUAAUGACAUUUAUCAAGGGGACUUGUUAUCGAGGUUUAACUGUACCAGAUUUUACUUUAUCAUAAUUUAGGUAAGGUGCAACAUUCCAUUAUUUUUAGGAUAACGAACAAUACUAUACAUAAUGCUACAAAAGCACCACAAAUAAUGUGAUAUUUUACUGUAACUAUUUAUUGUUAUACAAUUUUAAUGUAGGUUUUGUACAUAGUAAUUUUAUGUACUUCUUCUAUUUUGACACCAUGUGUUCAUUUAGCUUAGUUUCAUUAGUAGAUUUACGAAAGUGCUUGUAAACUUAUAUAAAAAUGACUAUGUUUUUUGUACUUUUUGUUGAUUUGUAUGUCUAUUAUAAUUAUUGAGAAGUUGAUAUAUUUUUACUCAAGUUAAGUAGGUAUGAAUUGAAUUAACUGGCUUACAAAUGUAAAAACAUUAGACAUUUUUGUAAGUGAAUUUAUAUUAGCAAUGCAGUUAAAAACUAAUCUAAAUAUUAUAGAUGCCAGUAGUGCAAAACAUAAUAUAGUUUAUUUUUGAAGAAAGAUCUAAUAAUUUUUUAUUGAUUGAUAUAUUUUGUUUAGCUUAAUUAAAUGAAGGUUUGUAGCAUUUAAAUUUAAAAUGCCAAAAAGUCCUUCUAAAUGUCCAAAAAUGUAUUCUUCGUUGAAUAUUAAGAUAAAAUUCAAAAGUAAAAGGACAUGAUUUAAUUCAAAAGAAAAAUAUGGUAGGGAAAUAUUUUGAUUCUUUGUUAAUUAUUUAAUGUAUUAGUUAAGGCAAAUUUAGUUAGGGUAGUUUUAGUGUCAGAUAAAUAAUUAGGAAUAUUAUAAAUUCACCUAAUUUCUUAUGUGCAAGCAAUACAAAUAUUAUCUUUUCCGUUUAAAAAAUGUAUAAAAGCUAGAAACCAGCACAUAAUACCAGCAUAAUAUAACCUGACCUGAUCAAUGUAAAUUUGUAAAUACAAAGAAAUUAGUGUAAAUAGAUAGGAAUUUUAUUAAUAGAGUAUACUAUUGUAAAAUGAUUUAUGUUACAUUUGUAAUAAAAUAUAUUUUAUGGUAAAAUGUA